AUGAGUGAAAAUCAAGUCUUCUGGUUAAUUUCAGCACCAAAUCUUCAAGGUGCUGAUAUCUUUGAUUUAGUUAAUCAAAAAACUGCCAAAGAAAAUUCAUUAUCAGAAAAUAGAAAAUUCAAUACACCAUCAUUAAGAGUUGGUACUCUUAAUUCAUUAAUUACCCUCAAUGAUGAAUUACAAAAAAUCGAUACUCUCGUCGAAGCAACCACUAAAAAAAUCGCCAAACAAUUAGUCGAUUUAGUUGGUACCAAACCAGGUAAAGAUAAGAGUCUUUCAAUUAAUGGUGCUACCAUUCCACAAUAUCUUCAACAAUUUGUUUGGGAUGAUGCUAAAUACAACUUAAAAUUAUCAUUACAAGAAAUUGUCGAUAAAAUUUCACAAUCUGUUUCUAAAAUUGAUGAUGAUUUAAAACUUAAAUCAUCCGAAUAUAGUUCUUUAUCAAGUUCAGUUGCUGCUGAAGAAAGAAAGGCCGGUGGUUCGCUCCAAGUUCGUUCAUUAAAUGGUUUAAUUACCCAAGAUAAUAUCGUUCAAACUGAUUAUCUUACUACCGCUUUUGUUGCCGUUCCAAUCACUGCUGAAAAAGACUUUUUAGCUUGUUAUGAAACCCUUUCAGAUUAUGUUCUUGCCAGAUCAGCCAAAAAAGUUGCACAAGAUAAUGAAUUUUAUUUAUAUAGUGUAUUUUUAUUUAAGAAAUUCUAUGAAAACUUUAAAAAUAAAAUCGGAGAAAAGAAAUGGGUAGUUAGAGAUUUCAAAGUUGAAAGCGAAAAACCAACUCAAGAAAGAGCCAAAUUAACAGAAGAAAAAAAGAAUUAUAGAACAGGUUUAAUUCGUUGGUGUAGAUUAAAUUUCCCAGAAGCCUUCAUGGCCUGGAUUCACUUAAAAGUCGUCAGAGUAUUUGUUGAAUCAGUUCUUAGAUUUGGUAUUCCAUUCGAUUUCCAAGCUAUCCUUAUGCAACCAUUAAAGAGAGAAGAUAAAAAACUUCGUGAUAUCCUUUUCGAACAAUUCAAAUAUUUAGGUUCUGCUCACAUCUCUGGUAAGAAUGAAGCUGAUGAUAGUGAAAAAUUCUACCCAUAUGUCUAUAUACCAAUCAACUGGGAACAAUAA